AUGGAUACAGAAACAACACUACGAACUGCGUCGGUUGCCGAGUCAUUGCCAUCGGAUGACGAUGCUCUGACGAAUUCCGUUAUACUUCGAAAUGCUCAGCGUUUGAAACGACUUUCACCACUGAAUUUCUCUAUACUUCGUUGGAAUCUUCUUUGGCUGUUUGUUAUUUUAGUCUUUAUUUCGCUGCCCGUAUGGCUUCGUUAUGCGUCUCAAUCGUGUCAUGCGACAUUUUACACUAUAUCAGGUGUUUUGCUUUGGUUAAAUCUUGUUUGGUUUUUGGCUAUCAUAUUUACGAUUAGUACGUUAAUAAAAUUAAAAUAUGGUAUGUCGACAGAUCAUAAACAAACAUAUCCAAGUGAUGCACCAUUGGUUCAUUUAUUGAUCUUGACAAUUUACAAAGAUGAAAUGGAUGUUGUUUGCCGAACAGUUGAUACACUGGCUGAGCAAACGGAAGCAAAACGUAUUCUUCUAGUUAUGGCUUGGGAAUCUCGAACGCCUGACCGAGAAGCACGAAGUGAAUUGAUACGUCAACGUUAUGGUGACAAGUUCUACCAUAUUCUUUUUCCUGUGCAUCCGUAUGGCCUGGAGAACGAAGUAGCAUCGAAAGCGGCAAAUGCCAAUUGGGGUUUGAGAGAAGCAGUGACUUUUAUCAUGAGCGACGAGGAGCGAAAGAAAAAAAUUGAACAUUUUAUGGUAACCACAUGUGAUGCUGAUACAUUGUUUCAUGCGAGAUAUUUUGAAGCAUUAACAGCUGAUUAUUUACGACGUGUUAGAGAAAGGGAUCCAGCUGUGCAUCGAACUAUCUGGCAAGCACCACUUUUUUAUAACUGGAAUCUGGAUCAAAACUCGUUUCCAGUUCGUAUAACUGGCCUCCUUCGUACAUUGAUGACAAUGGGUUUACUCAUUCCAUACAAUGUCAAUCCAAUGUCCUGUUUUUCGUUUUCACUAACACUGGCGGUGCGCGGUGGUUACUGGCAUCCACAAAUCUUCAUGGAUGAUGUUGGUUAUCUACUAACAAUGAUGAUUGGCACGCAACGACGCAUACGUAUUCGUCUUCUCCCUGUUCCAGUUCGAUCUGGGCCAACUUCGGGUGAUACUUGGUUUUCUGAUGUGAAGGAAUGGUACAUUCAAGUACGGCGAUGGGGCAUCGGUACUGCGGACAAUUUUCAUUAUUUUGCUGUAAAGAUUCCUCGAUUACCGAUCCUGGCCUCGACCAUAUUUGCUAUUGGUUAUUUUCUUUAUUAUGGUGUUAUACUUUGCAGUGCAAGUCUUAUCAACGUUUCUUCGGCGUUCUUUCCAUUAACGUGUCCAGAUUUUCGAUUAGAAUGGUUACCGAAGCCACUGGAGGCAUAUCACAUACUCAUUCUAAUUGGUCUGAUCAUUCCUCAGAUUCUGUAUGGCAUUCUAUUUAUCUUGGAUGCUGUUUGGUGUCGAUGGACAUUGAAUGUCAAAGAAGAUAUAUUCAUUCUGCGAAAUAUUCUGCAUUGGAUAUUAACUCCAUUAACAUUAAUUGCACUGAGUCUUGUGCAACUAUGGUCAUAUAUUGUCCUCGCUGCAUUGGGAAAGCGUGCUUGUAUACACCGAGUUGCCGGCAAAGCAACACUAGCUCAAGUAGACAGUCGCGCUUGA